AUGAGGGUCCACAAAUCCUUCAGAGUAAAAAACAAAAACCACCACCCAACCACCAAUUACAGAGUGAGGGAAACCACCAAGAGCCACCACUCCUCUUCUAUCUACUCCACGCCUUCUCCUCAUCGCCGACCGGAGUUGGUGAAAAUGGGGGUUUCACAGAGUGAUGGUGGAAGAAUGGAAGGGUGGCUGUAUUUGAUACGGUCUAAUCGAUUUGGGCUUCAGUAUUCGAGGCGGCGCUACUUUGUUCUUCAAGAUCACCUGCUGAAGAGUUUCAAAGCAGUCCCGCUUUCACCAGAUGAGGAACCUGUUAGAAGCGCCAUAAUUGAUUCCUGCAUAAGAGUGGCAGACAAUGGGAGGGAAAGCAUUCAGAGGAAGGUCAUUUUCAUGUUCACACUCUAUAACACAUCUAAUCCCGAUGAUCAACUGAAGUUGGGAGCAAAUAGUCCGGAAGAAGCUGCAAAAUGGAUCCAGUCCUUUCAGGAGUCCGCUUUAAAGUCGGAGCAGAACCUUGGAAAUUCUGAAUACGCUAAUCGUGAACCACAGUCGUUAAGGCUAAACUGUUCUCAUAAGCAUUCCCAUUCUGUUGACUGGACUGCCUACUCAUCCUCAGUCACGGAUGCAAUGACUUCUGAUGUUAUUGCUCCAUCACCUUGGAAAAUCUUCGGUUGCCACAAUGGUCUCCGAUUAUUUAAGGAGGCUAAAGACAAAGAAUUUAGUGGAAAGUGGGAUGAUCAUCCAGCAAUAAUGGCUGUUGGAGUAGUCGAUGGAACUUCAGAGGCUAUUUUUCAAACUCUCAUGUCUCUUGGCCCAUCAAGAUCAGAAUGGGACUUCUCUUUUCACAAGGGUUCUGUGAUUGAACAUCUUGAUGGUCAUACUGAUAUAGUUCACAAGCUUCUAUACCGUCAUUGGCUACCUUGGGGUAUGAAACGGAGGGACCUUCUGUUACGGCGCUAUUGGAGAAGGGAAGAUGACGGUACAUAUGUGAUUCUUUACCAUUCUGUGUUCCAUCACAGGUGUCCUCCUAAAAGGAGUUAUGUACGCGCCUGCCUUAAAAGUGGAGGAUAUGUUAUAUCUCCAGUUAAUCAAGGCAGGCGUUCUGUAGUGAAGCAUAUGCUUGCUAUUGACUGGAAAUAUUGGAAAUCUUAUUUGCAGACAUCAUCGGCGAGAUCAAUUACAAUUAGCAUGUUGGGGAGGCUUGCUGCUUUGCGGGAGCUGUUUAGGGCAAAAUUAGAUUGUUCUUCCUCUGGUUUCUCAUCUGGUGAGCUAAUGAGCAGCACCACCAUGCAGCAAAGCAGAAAGGAACUGAAAGUUAAAGUUGAAACUAGAGCGGAGAGUGGAAAUAAUAAGGAGGAUGUGGAGGAAGAACCAGUUAAAACACCUUCUGAGCGUUCGAGUCUUGUUGGAUUAAAUGACACAUCAGAUGAAUUCUUUGACGUCCCAGAGCCUUUGGAUUAUGAUCAUUCAGGAAGCGGUUGGCCUUCUGACUUUGAUGAAGAAAAUUAUUCUCAGGAUGCACGCCAACCAAAGAUGUCAACUGCUGCUGUAUUUGUGAAAAAAUUGCACGAUCUUGCAGUUCAGAAGAAGGGAUAUGUAGACUUGCAUGAGAUGAUAAAGGAAGACAGCCAAACAUGCAAAUAUGGCUGCACUCUUCCCAAGGAUCCAGCCUGUAAUUUUCUCUGCAGUUGGACAUCAACAGACCCCUCAACAUUUUUGAUUCGUGGAAAGACUUAUUUGGACGAUAGGAAGAAGAUUAAGGCGAAAGGGACGUUGAUGGAAAUGGUCGGUGCUGACUGGUUGAGAUCUGACAAGAGAGAAGAUGAUCUCGGCGGCCGUCCAGGGGGCAUAGUUCAAAAAUAUGCCGCAAAGGGGGGCCCCGAAUUCUUCUUUAUUGUUAACAUACAGGUCCCAGGUUCGACAACAUAUAGCCUUGCUUUGUACUAUAUGAUGAGUACUCCAUUAGAAGACGCUCCUUUGCUCGAGAGCUUCGUCAAUGGAGACGACGCUUAUAGAAAUUCGAGGUUCAAGCUCAUUCCAUAUAUUUCCAAGGGUUCAUGGAUAGUAAAGCAGAGCGUAGGGAAGAAGGCAUGCCUGGUUGGUCAAGCCUUAGAAAUUAACUAUUUUCGUGGGAAGAAUUACCUGGAGCUUGGUGUUGAUAUUGGCUCAUCAACUGUUGCAAGGGGUGUGGUUAGCCUCGUUUUGGGUUAUCUUAACAAUCUAGUUAUUGAGAUGGCUUUCUUAGUACAGGCUAAUACACCAGAAGAAUUACCGGAAUAUCUUAUUGGCACCUGUCGGCUUAACCAUUUGGACGCCUCUAAAUCGGUAUUAGUAAAACCGUACUCUUGA